AUUUAAAAGUUACCGGUUAUUAUUUUCACCCAGUUUGUUUUUAUUAUUGACACGUAGUUAUGUAAGUAAUAAUGUUGAUAGUUAAACUGGUACCGUGCAAUGCUACUGCGUUUUAUCGACUUGCAGUGAACUAUGCAGUUAGGAGAAUGUCUCAGUCACCAGUAAGCAUAAAGUUCAAAUGGGGCCUGAGUGCCUCAGAUCCGGAUCAGAAGCCUGUCCUGUUUGUGGGUCAGGCGGCCCACCUCAACGCCCUGACCUGGCAGGACGUCCGGUGCAAACUUGAGCCCAGAGUUUCUGAAGAGGCAUGGCGGCGCGGCAUCACUGUGGCAUCGCCGGGCGAACUGUGCGAGCUGUGGCCGCGCGCCGCCGCGCUGGGCGUGCUGCCCCCGCGCCGCUCGCGUCACGCCGCCCCCGCGCGCUCGCACGCGCUCUCCAAGCUCGUGCGCUCCGGUGUACGCUCAUCCAGUGAAGAGUUUGUUGUGCUGGUGUGCCGCAAGCGUGACGUGCUCGCGAGUGCCGUGGCCAUAGCGCGCGCCGUGCCGCUGUACAGCGCGCGCUCGGGACCCGGCCCGCUGCCCGCCAGCCUCUCUCCGCCCGCCCCGCCCCCCGGCGCGCGCAGCACGCUCACUGUGGAGAUACACCUCUCACAGGACGAGGGCGACUCGGAGGAGGAGGGCCUGGGCCCGCUGGAGCCCGAGCUGCUGGAGAGCACGCUGUCCACGGAGGAGCUGAGCACGCUGCAGGACGUGGCGGACGCGACGCGGCUCGCGGCGCGCAUCACCGACACGCCCGCCAACGUCAUGGACGUGGACGCGUUCAUCGAGGAAGCAUGCAAAGUAGCAAAGGAGCUGGACAUAGCGGAGCCCACGAUCAUCCGCGGCGAGGAGCUGAAGGAGCGCGGCAUGGGCGGCAUCUACGGCGUGGGCAGGGCGUCGGUGAAGCCGCCCGCCCUUGUCGCUCUCUCGUACAGCGCCGCGGGUGCGACGGAGACGGUCGCGUGGGUCGGCAAGGGUAUCGUCUACGACACCGGCGGCCUCAGUAUCAAGGCACGGGCCUCCAUGGUGGGCAUGAAGGGCGACUGCGGCGGCGCGGCGGCCGUGCUGGCGGCCUUCGGCGCGCUGGUGAAGGCCAAGCCCUCCAUCAACCUGCACGCCGUGCUGUGUCUGGCUGAGAACUCUGUGGGGCCGCACUCCACCAGACCCGACGACAUCCACCAACUGUACUCGGGGCGUACUGUCGAAAUUAACAAUACAGAUGCUGAAGGUCGUUUGGUGCUAAGUGACGGCGUCGUGUUCGCUCAGCGGGACCUAAAGGCGGACACCAUCGUGGACGUCGCCACACUCACCGGUGCACAGGGGACUGCAACAGGCAAAUACCACGCGGCGAUCAUAUCCAACUCGGCGCGCCUGGAGCGGCUCUGCGUGAGCUCCGGCCUGGUGUCGGGCGACCUGGCGCACGCGCUGCCGUUCGCGCCGGAGCUGCACUUCUCGGAGUUCAGCAGCGUGGUAGCCGACAUGAAGAACAGUGUCGCUGACCGCAACAACGCGCAGUCGUCGUGCGCGGGGCUGUUCAUCCUGGCGCACCUCGGGUUCGACUUCCCUGGCGCGUGGCUGCACGUCGACAUGGCCGCGCCCGCACACUGCGGCGAGCGCGCGACGGGCUACGGCGUGGCGCUGCUGGCGGUGCUGUUCGGCGCGCACACGCGCAGCCGCCUGCUCGCGGCGCUGUCGCCCAACAAGUGACGACUGCGCCCGCCGCCGUCGCCGCCGUCGCCGCCGUGCCCGACAGGCGGGCUCCAGACCUUCAGUGUUCAUUGAACAGUUGAAACGUUCAGAAAGCCUAGUGGCGUAAACGCGAAUUUCCAAGGAAUUGAAACAGCGCCAUCUAGUGACACUGCCAUCUACUGCACGACUGUUUCAAUUCCAUAUAAAUUUGCGAUUACGUCAACGCGAUAGUAACAGUACUAAAAUAUUGGAAACUCCCACUAGGCAGACUGGUAUAACAUCCGUGUGCAGACAAAACUGACAAUCUAAUUCGAAUAUCAUUAUAUCAAAUAUUAUUUUGGUUACCUCUCUGACGCAGACGGUAGUACUGUUUCUCAACAGAUAGGUCUCAAUUCCCAGCACGGGCCAGUUAAUUACUUUUAUCAUCAUCAUCAUUUUGUAGGGACUUCCAAACAUCAUCCUGAGCCACCUGCAUCCAGCAUUAAUUACUUUAUAGUUUCUCAAUUGGCUCAGGUCUGGUAUGGUGGUAGACAUCGCCCGGGGCUAGUUACCACGUCACCGGCAAAGACGUACCGUCAAAAGAGUUAGCGUUCCGGUAUGUUGCCGCGUAGAAGCAGUCCUAAGUAUGGCUUCCAUCUUAGGCUUAACAUCAGAUGUCCUAUUCACUAAUUUGGUCAAAAUUAACAACCUACUAAAAUAAACAUCAAAUUAACUUAGAAAUGUCAUCUACAUACUGUAUGAUAUUCACAAAAGAUUGUCAGUUGACACCGGAUGACAUUUGUUACAUACAAUCUCAAUUUUGUAUAUGUCAAAAGUAACAUGCGGCAAAGUUAUUGAAUUUAGCCUGCUGGUGAGAUAGCAAUCACAGGAUGACUGGUCAAUGAAAGAAAAAAAGACAUUUUUUAAAAACCGUACAAUUAAAACUGAAAGUGUGUAGCCCGCUGUAUAGGUAAUAUGUUUAGCAGUAUAUUAAAAAAAAUCAAAAUAUUAAGUAACAAAAUAGUAAGUUAGUAGUAAGUCGUUUAAUAUAAUAUUAAAAUUGCCUCAUUUUAACUAAAAUAAGUUAAAUUAAUAACACUAAAAAGCACAUUUUCACAAAUAAAUAAUACACUAAUACCAUAUAACAUCAACUGAGAGUAUCGUACCAAGAUAAUAGUGUGUUCAACUUAAUAUUAAUAAAAAUUAAAGUCAUUUCUUUUCUCGAAAAUGUUAUUUUUAUAGCUUUUUUUUUCAAUUAAAGUAUGUAAACUUAGGACGCCAUAUGCAUUACAACAGUAUUAAAUUCGAUUCCCGCUGAACCAAAGUUUAUAUUUUUGAAAGGAAAAAUUAAGAAAAAUUACUAGACAGACAUAUACGUAAUUAUAUUUGACAUUUUUGACAAAUGUAACUUACCACACAUGAAUGCCAAUUUUGUGUUAUUUAACACAUGGAACAAAUUAAAACUGUCCUGAUGUCAUGUCGUGUUUUAUGCAGUAAACAAUUUUAAACAGAAAGUUAAUGUAUGUCUUGAUUUAAUUUUUUUAAUGUAUAUUUUUUUUUGUGCGUUUUCCUCCUUACCAUCUGAUAUGAACUUACUGUAUAAAUUUUCUUAUGAAAUUAUGUUGAAAAUUUUAACAUGAAUUUUAACUGGAUAUUAGUUAAAUUUUAACUUAAAUAUAACUACAAUUCAGUUGUCUUAGAAUUAAUUAAGGAUACACUUUUUUAACAUUAAUGAUUUUUAUAUUAAUUUUAAUGCAUUUUUUAUGUGUUUAUAUUUAUUAUACUUACAUCUUAUCUAAUAACAAAGUUCAUUAACUUUGUAUUGUAACCACAAAUUACGAUAUACUGGUCAAAAUAUAUUUUUAACAGCGUUUAUCAGACAAUAGUAGAAUAGUUUACUAAACUAGAUGAAGUAAUUGAGCAUAUAAAUAAUAAUAAUUGUAGACAUAGUCAUAAUAACACGUGUUCAUUAAAUCAUAAUUAUUAUAAAAGGUGCUUAAGGAGCCAUUAUGUCACACUAAUUGCCAGUGAAGGAACUUGGUUCAAUCAAAAUUUUAGAAUGGCACAUGUGUAUAAAUACAUACAUUCAAUAUAAUUUCGCCAUUUAUAUGAUUGCACAAUUCAAAUUGAAUGUGUCUGAAUUAAUGAUGAAAAGAAGAUGUCUUCAGUUCAAUCAAUGCCUUUGAAUACAACCCCUAGACAUACAAUUGUAUUGUGCAAUUAUUUAUUUCGCGUAAAAUAAUAUAUAGUGUAAAGACGCCUUAAUGUAAAAGACUAAUGAAAACAUAGAUGUGACGUAAUAAAUAAUAAUAUUUGGCUCCCUUCACUGUUGUAUUGUAUUAACGUAGUUCUUAUAUUGCAUGAUAAUAGAAGCUCUAAAGAAAUCAACCAUUACCACUUAGUGCAUUUAAAAUAAGCAAUAAACUGUAAAUCAGUGGAUUAAUAAAAAUUAUGAUAACACAAAA